UUUGCCAUCUCAACCAUGUCUCAAUCACUGUCUAUCUCGCUCCUCACCACCGUCAUGGGAAUCAUCCCCAUCUGUUUUGGUAUCAACGCCAUCCUGCGUCCCCAACAUGCCUUGACCUUCUUCGAGUUUGAACCCCCAGUCGCUCCCCGCGACCGAAGCCUCGUCGACAGCCUAAUGAUUGUAUACGGCGCGCGGGAUAUUUUCAUGGGCCUCGCCGUCUACGCUGCGGGCUUUUUCGGCACUCGCAAGUCCCUGGGUUGGACGUUGACCGCAACCAGUGCGGUCGCCAUUGCCGAUGGGGCCGUGUGUUGGAGCAACGGCCAUGGAGAAUGGAAUCACUGGGGAUAUGCUCCUGUCCUUGCCAUUAUCGGGGGUCUUCUGGUCCGGUCCGACGGCAAAGAUAAUACGGACAAAACCAAAUGAAUGUCAGCAGCCAUAUGUCUUUACAGUGAGGUAUGCUCGGGAGUUUUAUCCUGGUAGUAAGGGAUAGACAUGCAGUUCAUGACUCUUCACAUUCGUUCGUUCUCUAUCGCAAUGCUAUAAGCUCUAAAUCAUCGACGUGCUACGCAACACAAAAUUCCCGACUUGCCCAGGAAGUAGAGCGACCCAAUGAAUCGAAAGAUAGACAGUCCAGCUGUCGCCCACAAAAUCACUUGGAAAUAAUA